AUGGAACACAUUGUAGUCAUAGGCGCAGGUGUAAUUGGCCUCAGUUCUGGCGUAUACCUCCUCCAAUCCGGCUACAAAGUCACCAUCAUCGCCAGAGACUUCCCCAGCCCCUUUGAAACAGCAGAUCCCAAACACUUCAUCAACUACUCAUCACUAUGGGCUGGCGCACAUAACCGAUGGGUUUUGCCUACAAAUGCCACAGAGCAGCGAGACCACGCCAUGGCACUGAGCACAUAUCGCCACAUGGAGCAGCUUGUCUCUCUGCAUCCAGAAUGCGGCGUUCACUUCACCAAGGGGAUAGAAUAUCUGGAAGAUGUGCCACAGGUGUACAAAGAUCUAACUGCUGAAACAGCCUCAGGUCUAGGCAUUACGGACUUUCGACUAUACACAAAUGAAGAGCUACCCGACAAAGUAACUUGGGGCUGCGAGUACCAAACCUGGUGUGCGAACCCAAUGGUGUAUUGCCUCUUUCUCCUCCGCCAGUUUGCCCUGCUUGGAGGCAGGACGGUCAACAUGGAGCUUCGGACGCCGCUCGAAGUUCGAGAUAUGAAGGCGUUUUCUGAUGUCAGAACCGUGGUUAAUUGCUCCGGUGUUGGGUUCAAUGAUCCAGAUGUAUUUCCCACAAGAGGCCAAACAUGCGUGGUUGCAAAUAAUUGCCCAGCAACAGUAACCCGCCAAAAUGGCGAUGGAUCAUGGACGUUCUGCGUACCUAGAGGCUUCAACGGCGGAACCGUAAUCGGAGGUACAAAAGAGCCCAACAACUGGGACACUGAGCCAAGCGAGGAAGUGCGCAGGCGACUCCUCGAUGCGCUUGCCAGGACAUAUCCUUCCAUUCGAGAUGAGGAAGACUUUCGUGUUGUACGGGACAUUGUUGGGCGGAGACCGACGAGAAAAGGGGGUAUUAGAUUGGAGAAAGAGCAGCACGACGAACGGUUUUCUGUGAUUCAUGCAUAUGGACUGGGAGGAAGAGGGUAUGAGCUUUCUUGGGGUGUUGCGGAACAAGUUGCAAGGUUGCUCAAGUAG